AUGAGUAAACAACUCAUUAGAGAUUUCGAUGCCUAUAAGAAAGCCAGGCAUGAUUUCGUAUCUAUGGUAUCUGAAGCAGCAAUGAAACCAGAUAAUAUCAAUACUUUAAUUGAAUUAAAUGUUUUAUCACUAUUAAGACCAUUAUUACUUGAUAACGUUCCAAGUAUUCAACAAAUGUCUGCUCUUGCUAUUAGCCGUCUUGCCAAUGUAAGUGAAAAGAACUCAGAGAAGAUUAUUACUACCGGAAUGCUCCCAGAAAUUGUCAAUGGCUUAAAUUCUAAGGAUGAACGCUACCAGAAGAACUUAUGCCAAGUCAUUCGUUCUGUUUCCAAGCACUCCCAAAAGCUCGCUACAAAAGUUGUUGCAGGAGGCUGCUUGAAACCACUUGUUGAAUGUCUCAAGUCAGAAUCUAACGUAGUUUGCGAGGCUGCAUCAUCAUCAAUCAAAGCAAUUGCAGCACAUGAUAGUAAUCUCGCUCAGGAAGUCGUUGAAGCAGGCGCUCUUGCUCCUCUCAUCAAAUCCAUCAAUCGCGCAGAGAAUACACUUCGUCGCACAUCAAUUUCUGCUAUUGGCUCAAUCUCUCGACAUACUCCACAGCUUGCUCAAGCCUGUAUUGAAGCCAAAGCAAUUCCAACAAUCGCAUCUCUCCUUUCUACAACAAAUGACUCCAAAUUAAAGACACAAGCAUGCUUAGCACUCGCAAAUAUCGCCACACAUUCCGUAGAUACAGCCGAACUUGUUGUAGAAGAAAAGAUUUUCCCAUCAGCUUUGACAUGCUUCACAGAUGCCGAUGCAGACCUCAGAGUAGCCGCUGCUAAGCUCGUUCUUGAGAUUGUCAAGCACACACAAGAACUUGCUCAAGGUGUUGUCGGUUUCGGAGGUUGCCAAUCCCUUGUUGAAUACAUCAGGUCAUCAAAGACAGACAUGAUUCCAGCCGUCAAAGCUGUUGGUGCCAUUGCUUCAUUCUCACCAUCCCUUGCUUUAUCUCUACUUGAAGCAGGUGCAGGACGUGCUUGCCUUGGUGUUUUCGUUUCCUCAAAGAGUGCAGAGUGCAAAGCAGUUGCAGCAAGAACAGUUGGAAUGCUUGGCAAACACAAUGCACAAACAUCACUCAAGAUCUCAUCAAUGAAUGCUCUUUCUUUGCUCUUCCAAGCGAUGAAUGAUCCUGAUGGCGAUGAAGAACUCAGAGCUGCAGUGAAGGAAGCAAUGGUUGACAUCAUUAAGAACUGCGAAGAUAUUACUGCACUCGAACCACUCAUUACUACAUCAGAAGGUGAAAUUUUGUGCCACGUUCUCGAAAGAAUUUCAAAUCUUCUCUCGAAGAAUCCAAAGGUAAGAGCUCCAUUUGUAUCUUCUGGAGGAUUCCGAUCUGUACAAUUGUUACAAGCUGACAAUGAUCCAAACUUGAAGAAGUUGAUUGAUGCAAUUAAUGAUUGCUAUCCAGAUCAAGCUGUUAGAUUCUAUUCGCCUAAUUACGUUGAAGAACUUAACAAAGAAGUUGAUGCACACAAGAUCUAA